AUGGUGCUCUCCCCCUCGCCGCUUGGCCCUAGCAUUGGUUUCAACUGGGUAUAUCUGGUCGAGAUCCUGGUGUCUGGCAUCCUGGCCGUCUUCUUUCUGUUCUACUUCAAUCGCCUAUUUGGCACCGUUGUGUCAUACGCUAUACGGGCAUGGACCUGGCAUAAGUACCGCGCCUACAUCGAUAUCACUGCCCUGCAAAUCAGCUUGCUGGGAGGACGUAUCUUCUUCAAGAGCAUUCGGUAUCAUGCGCAUAACAUUACUGCGACGGUGCAUGAUGGGCACAUAACGUGGCGGUACUGGCUCUCUCAGGUCCAAGAUGCCGAGAUAUUCUUGGCGGAGGAGACUGGGCGCAACGGGAAGCAGCAGCCCUCGAGUGGUGCCAGCCAGAAGACAGAUCAGAGCAACAGUUCGCCUGGCGAGAAGCACCGCAGUAGAAGCCGUAGUAUUGGGAAGACGGAGAAGGCAGGAGGGCAUAAGAAGGAGCUUCCAUGCCGCAUCUCAGUGAAAGUGUCAGGCGUGGAGGCCUUCAUUUACAACCGAAGUCCUUUGUACGAUCUCGUUGUGGAAGCUACAUCAAACGCUGCCAAGAGUCACUCGCAUGCCGAUGGCGGUGACUGGAAGGUGUUCGACCAUCCAAUUUCACCAGCAUCCUCCAGUCAAGGCAAAGACGGCGCCAACUUGCAUCCGAAGCCGGAACGAGUGGAGACACACCAGACCGGUCAAAGCACUGCUUACCAGAGACCAGAGAUACCGCAAUGGCUUCGAAUAUUUCCCGUUAAAGUCGAAUGCAGACGAGCUGCAGCAGCGGUUGGUAACGAGCACACUACGAGUGUGAUAACUGCAAAGAUCGAGAAAGCUACAGGUACGAUCGAUGCAGAUAAUGCCGCCACGCCCUUCGACAUCUUCAAGUUACUGUUCAACUUCGACAUCGAACAUGCUACUGCACAAAUGAAGCCUAACAAAGACUUCAAGAAGUUCCAACUCGAUUUCGCGCAGCAUGUUUUGCAAGAAAAAGAGGGCAAGAUUGUCUCCGGUGGCAGGUACACAUUUACACCUCCACGACCCGCUGCAAACAUUGUGAGAUGGCUACGAGAAUCGCUUCGCCGCCGGCCUAGCGUCACUGGCUCUGUUCGAGCUGCUUCUGUCAAUUCACAUAAGAAUCACGUCAAUUACCAAUCAACACAGCCGCUUCCAGGAGCCGCACAAUGGCAUGGUCUGUCACGUUAUCUUGACGAACACGACAGUACGGAACAUAGCGAGUGGUCAGAAAUUGAAUACGCCAAAGCCUCCACACUGGUAGAAUGUCCGAAGAUUGGCUUUCGCUUCUACUGGGACAUACCCGGUACCGUGCCAGGUGGCCUGGGUGGCAGCGAAAUGCCGUCGGAUGCUCCGCCAAACGACGACAUCAAUGGGUCUAAACCACCGGAUUAUGGAUUGGAUUUCUUCGUACACGGUGGGACCGUUGUGUACGGGCCAUGGGCGGACCGCCAGCGCAUAAACCUCCAGCAGAUCUUUUUCCCAGUGAGCUAUGUCGAUAGCCCGCCAAUGCCUACGCUGAAGGCUGGUGACACUCGUAUAUGUACUGUGUUCAAGAUAUUUGUUUCCGUGGAAGAGGAUGUGACUUUGCGUGUACCGACGCGCGAACUUUCCAAAGACGAUCAAUGGCAAGGAAGAGCUGAUCAAAAUCAAGCUGGAGGUGAGCCAGGUGCCGCUGAGAGCAAGCCAGGUAAGCAUGGCAAACGGAGACGGCACCAUCGUCGCCGUCGAGGCAAACAAGGCAAUUCAGCUGUGGAUGCUCGGCCAUAUGGCUGGCUUGACAUAACCGUGAAACCUGAUACCACGGUCAACUUCUCCCAAGACAUGUAUCCUCGAGCCUCCGGUUACCGCAAUCGUCUGGACCUUGAGGUCAAAGGCAGCGAGAUGACUAGCAGCGUCAACCACGGUCUCCUCUGGCGGACUGGUCUGAUCACCCUGGAUGCAGACAUAUCUCAGCCGUUGGCGUGGAGUACGCUGCGUCGUUGGCCAUUCAACAUUGUGAUCUACGACAUGGAGCUCUUCAUACUUCGUGAUCACAUGUUCCUCAUUAUCGACAUUGUGAACGACUGGUCGUCUGGUGCGUCACCAGAAUUCUUCACAUUUGUCCCAUACUACUACGAUAUCAACAUGGGCUUUAAGAACUGGUGCAUGUUCCUUAAUGUUAACGAUGCAAACAUCAUCAACGAGCCGGCAAGCUUCGACCACAACGACUUCGUCACUCUUGAGGGCCUUGAUAUGCGAGGCGCGAUCCACAUACCGAUGGAACAUUAUCGGCCCAAGCGCAAUGAGAUCUACUUCGACGUGCUUUCGUUUGACAUGGGCAUGCGCACUUUGAGUCCUCCACGAAGCACUCUACAUACGUUCCUACGAGAAAAAAGGGUUGCCGAUCUGCCGCACUUGACCCUUAAUGGAUCUUUUGAUCAGAAUUCCGAAGAGAAGCCAGGUCUGGUUGACAUACUACGCUUCGACAUUGCAUCAGACGGCCUGAGCCUGAAGGCAUUUGGCCAGCUGGUACGACAGCUCAUCAAUAUCAAAGAGAAUUACUUCGGCGAUUAUGUCCACUUCAAUACCCUCGAAGAAUUUCAGAGUGCGGGAGAUACAUUUGCUGAAGCCAAUGAGAAGAUCGCAAGUGCGCCUCCGCCACAGACAAUCAACGAGCUCGAUGUGAUCCUCAACAUCAUCAUUGAGAACACUGCGGUCAUGUUUCCGACCAAUCUGUACAGCGGCGAUGAGCACAUCCGCAUUGAGCUACCACACGCCGACCUGAACUUGCGCAUUGUCAGCUACUACCUUGAUAUGGCUUUGCAGUUAUCACCGCUGAGCAUCCUCUCCGGGUCAAUAGCGUCUGACGAGGAUAAGUCACCAAUCGAAUCAGCUUCUAGCACUCAGCUGUUCAUCCGCCAUCUUGAUCUGUACGGUCAUCGCUCCUUCGGGGCGCCGCCAAAAGAGCCGGCCUACGUCAACCAGUGGGAUAUCGACGUAGGUGCUUUCACCGGCGAAUGUAACAUGAAUUUCAUGUACGAUCUUGUCUCCGCUCUACAAGGAUUCGCCUUCGCAUUCAUUGACGCUGAGAAUGCAACUCCAGUCACAUCACCAAACAUCUUUAGUGAUGUUUCCUUCGUCAGAGUGCGUACGGACAUCAUCCGCACGUGGCUGCACGUCGGCCAAGAUGCACUGCUUUUUGCAGCUCAGCCCAUCUCUGUUGAUACCAACGACCUGGCGGGCGAACGAUUCUCCCAGAGAGUCAAUGUUGUGGCACCACUAAUCACUCUUGCCUGCAUCGACGCUCAAGCCGCGACACGCAGUCGUGCAUUCGGGGGUCGAAGACAACCUGCCCGCACGUUUGCUUUCGUGCAGACUGGUGCUGCAGUGGACGUACUGAUACGCAAGCGGCAUUUCGAGGACGAAAGGCAAAAGCAACAAGCUCACAUACGUGAAUGCGAUAUGAGGACGCGCCGUGUGCCGUUUCUGCUCCAUCGAAAGCCGUCAUUGGCGUCCGUCGCAUACGAUCCAGAUCUUACACCUCCCGCAAUGGCCUACCCUUUCUUUCCCAUCCCGCUUACUCGUGGAAGUAUGGGCAAAGGACGUCCAGCUUCGAUCAGGUCAGCUGGCUCCGGAGUAAGCAGUAUAAGCAUGCGCUCGCUGAUGUGCAAGGAGUCUUCAUCAUCCAUAUCAGCUUCCCUGCGUGGGCCCACAAGACCGAAAGCAAUGCCAAUGUUCCGGUCGAUCCGAUCUCAGGAGCACUCUCAUGCUGAGGCUCCUCAACAUCAAAGCGACGCAGCUACAAACGCAGCGCGCGGCACUCCCGAUCGCUCGCCAUCUGGGCUUCCAGCACCAAGCAUGGCGUUUUCCAGUCCUUUUGCGGAGCCCUACUUCCCGCUCGACUUGAUCGAGCCCGACGAGACAAAUCUACCAGUGUUCUCUGCCGAGCAGACUGUACCUCGCCACACCUCGGAUGACGACACCCCUGAAUCAAUACAAGAUAUUGGUGACCCAGACGUAGACUCGGACGCUUCCCACACCAGCGUGCUUAUCACCGUCAAUCCAGGCAUCAGAAUGUAUGCGGAGCCGAGAGUCGCCACGACUGCUGCCAAGCUCAUGCGCAAGAUGUGUCCCAAAGAUGGCGAAGAUCUCCUAGACGGCCUGCACAUGAGUGUGAUGGGCACUAUCGACGGUACGCACAAGGCGCAGCAUGGCCACAAGGAUGUCCUCGAGAUUCAAGCAUCUCUUCCUUGCGCCCUUGUGCGUGUGGUGAACUCUGCCGAUGACGAAGGUGCCGCUUGUGAUCAGCUCGAUCUUAGCAUCAACAAAGUCGAGCAACUUGUGAGGAUCAGGAAGUCUCCUACGCAUGAGGGCUAUACUCAAGCACUCGCUUUGCACUCGAUCGCUGCCGGAGUAGAGAUUGCUUUGACCGGCAUAUCAGAGGAUGACUUGCGUCCAGCUGUGCGCUUGCACAUCAGAGACAUCCUGGUCUGGGUUUCGCUUGCCAACAACAGAUCUAUGCACGUGUCUGUGCGAGACGCGCAUCUAUCGAUUGUUGGCACACAAGCGAGAUACCUGAGCGACGCUGCUCUCCGUGUAAUGCAUAUGGUGGAAGACUUGGUACCACAUUUUGGUGCUCUCGCAAAGCGGCCUCAGAGGAUGCUGCUCCUCCUGGUGUACGCCUUGACUCAACACAAUGAGAGUUUUGCUGAUCCUGCCUUCCUGUCUCGGAUGACCUACAUCUUGCGCGCCUUUCCCGAUCACUUCCGCAACCAGAAUUCGUGGAAGGUGCUCUCACGCCUCCGACACAUCCUGUACUCUCUACCAGCCGGCAUAUUGCAGAGUCUGAACAAGCGCCUCGAGGACAACGAUCUGGAAUGUCCACCCGAUAUGGCGGCCAAAGUCCUGCGGAGCUGGGAGCAGUGGCGCAGUUGGGAUGUCGUCAAUGUGGACAGAGCAUACGUGUUUCAGACUCUGUUCCCACAGGCCGAAUCGCAUACAGUACACGAGACUCCUGAUCUACCACUUAGCAUGAUCGUCAGAACUGAGACAUUGAGCGUCUCUCUGGAAUCCCGGACCCAGCCAAGCGAGAUCGUUGUCGAAGAACUAUCGCUCGGUGUAGACAUCACUCCACCUAUCGCACCAACUGGUUUGAUGUUGGUCGAGGCGAACAAACGCACCAAAUCCAUGCUGCAGUUGCACACGAGCUCUAUUGGCAUGUCCUUUGACUGGAGUCUUUGUGGGAUUGUGGAAGAUGUACUGCCCUUGGUCGACGAUUUUGAAGGAGCGGCAAGAAAACAUGCUGCACCACGACCCAUCAAACCCACCGAGAAGCUCGGUGAUGAACUCAACAGACACGACUUCCACAUCGUAAUGUCAACAGACGAAGGGAACAUAUCUCUGCAAACCAUCAAUCUUCGCCAUCUUUCUCGUGCUGAAGGGCUCAAGCUAUCAGUGAUUGGCACUACUCAGGCCAGUGAUAGGUAUGCAGGGUACGGACAGUGUGUGACGGCUUUGCUCAACGUAGACAGAGCAAGCACGGAACUUCAUGGUCCUACGAGCCGCGUAUGGCAGUCUCUGCUUACUUCGCCCAGUCUGUACAUUGACCAUCUGCAACCAGCUCCCGGAGUUGACAUAGCGCCAGCUGUAGUUGUUGCAGCUGCCUAUGAUGAGCUGGACAUAGCUCUGCAGGAGCAGAUUUCUGGUAUCAUACAUGUUGUUGAUGGCAUCAUUGUCGAGGAAGUGACGCAGGUCAUGAGGCUCGUCAAAGUCAUCAAAGCUGCUCAGUCGAAGCCAUCGACCAAUGGUCUACCGCCUUCUGUCCAAAGCAAAGCGCUUGACCUCAACGUCGCUGUAUUGGCUGGUCACAUGCAGCUCGAAGUCGCAGUACUUCAGUCGUUAAGCUACUACCUAGAAGGUAAAGCAGCCAGCAUGCGACUUGUACCAAGUUUUACUGGUGACAAGUCCAUCGAAAUCAGCUUCGAAAUUGAUCGUCAAAACCAUUCCUUCAUCAACACGAGUAGGCAGGAACGACAUCAUCAAGGUCUCCUCGAGAUACCUCCAAUCAACGGCCAUGUCAACUACCUGGCCAGCGAAGAUGAGAUCUCGAUCUCCGCGAGCAUAUCCGUCGAAAAGAUAGAAAUUGAAGCUGCGGCCAUACAAGGCGUGAUCUCUGUGGUCAACAAGCCGGAGGUGAAGAAAGUGAUCUCAGCGGUUAAAGGCAAUGUUGAGGAAAUCCAGCGGCACAUCGAAGCAUUGGACUUACCUCCCAAAAGCCCUCCACUACCCACCUCAGAUACAGCGAGAAAGACGCUGUACGACAUGCGACUGGCACUACUCGGCAUCCGCGUUUCUGCCAGCACACCACGCGUACGAGGUCGUUCAACGGCAGAAGUGGAGAUUGGCAUUGGUCCGCUGCAUGUCACAGCAUCCAACAGACACAACGUUUCUGAAGUAGACCAAAUGAUUCCCGAAGUACAUCUACAGCUACAAGAUAUUGGAGCCCGGCUUUGGGUUGAUGAUCGAGGCAAGCAUCAUCCUUGUGGUAAAGCAACCUUUGGAAUCAACGUCCACUUCAUCUUGAAGAGUACUCCAAAUGGCAACGUGGCGCGAGAGCUGAAUAUCAUCAGCGAGAGUCUUGAAGUCAAUGCGUACCCCGAGACUGCUUCGACUUUUGUGGACGUGAUCAACCAUCUUCAGGAUCGACUGCGAGAUCUAGAUGUUUCUCGGGAGCUGGAGUAUAUCCGACGGCUUCGAGACACCCGGCGCCACACGAUCAUGCAAGGCUUUAGCGGAAGGCGUGUGCCUUCGGAGGCGCAGGCUGCCUUCUCUGCGGCCGAUCUACUCGCACUUCACACCACUGUGACUCUUCGCGACAUCCACAUUUCUUGGCUGGUCAACGACCGUUUUGCAGCCUCGCCCAGUGCAAGGGUGGAAGAUGCAGUGCUUACCUUCACGAGCAUUACUUUGAUGACCAGUGGUGGCCACGAAGCGCGGUUGACUAUAGCCGAUGUGCUGCUUCAACUUACUAAGAAGGCAGCCAGCAAGCAGCAUCGUGCUCUUAACUCUGCACUUCUACCUGAAGUAGCUUUCAGCGUGGGCUAUUGGACGAAAGGGAAGGAUAGAAGUCUUGCUUUCAAAGCGACGGGCAAGCCGCUAGAUCUACGCCUGGAGUCAAGCUUCAUCAUCCCAGUGAACGCGAUACAGAAGUCGGUGGAGUAUGCCAUGGAAACGUUCCAAUCAGGAACCGCAGUGUGGCAGAGCACACCGACCUCUUCUGGCGCUCCGCGUGCACAGAUCUUCGACACUAAGCGUCUCGCUUCUCUGCUCGUCGAAGCAGAUUUUGCAGGUGCACAAGUCUAUAUGAAAGGCGCUGAAGUGCAGCGCAAGAGUGACAAGUAUGCUGCUCAACCGCACGGCUCAGCCCAUGGUAGAUACGGCCAGUUUGCCAACGAUGAUGAGACGAUUAGCACGACACUGCGAGCCCCUGGUAUCGCUGUCAAAGUCGAGUACAACUCCAAAGGAUUGCAGCCUACAAUUAGUGGUGAGAUGCAGAUCGAAGCUUCAAGCAACCAACUUCUUCCGAACUUCGUGCCACUGAUGGUCGAAGUGUCGAAUAGUGUCAAAGACGUGGUCAGGCAGCAAGAAGGCCAGGCUGUUGCAAAGCCGAAGCAGGCGCUCGAGAACAAGCCAUCACAGAAGUUCUUCGAGGAGGAUUCAAUCGCCACGGUAAACCCUGCAAGACUCUUCGGCAGGACCAAAGUCAAUCUUGGCUUGCGCAUCUGUCGACAAGAGUUCGGGCUCACGUGCCAACCGAUUGCCAAGGUCGAUGCUAAACUACUGCUGGACGACUUCUACUUUACAGUCAACACGAUCGAGUCGGACGAUUAUGGGCACUUCUUCGCCAUGUCAGCUGUUUUGACAAAGUUGUCCGCAAAUGUCAAGCAUGUCUACUCUCGUGAGCCGACUUUCAGCUUCGACAUGGACUCGAUUGUCCUAUCAGCAAUGAACAGCAAGCACUUGAGCGGCAAUAAUGGCAUUUCUGCCAUCGUCAAGGUCAACCCCACAAAGCUGUCCGUCAACGCGAAACAGCUGCAGGAUCUGCUGCUCUUCCAAGAGAUAUGGUUGCCACCAGAGAUCAGAGCGCAACCAGCCCCAGUGGCUUCUGCUGAAGGCGGUCCGCCUGACGAAUACUUUGCACAGAAAUAUCACUCCCUUGCGUCCGCUGCCGCCUUCCCUUGGAACGCCACUGUCACGAUCGCAGAGCUCAACGUCAAUCUGGAUCUCGGACAGAGCAUUGGCAAGACCUCGGCGACCAUCAGUAACCUGUGGGCAUCGCAGCAAAAGUCCUCGAAUUGGGAAGAGCACUUAUGCAUAGGCUUGGACGAGUUAGCAGUGAACAGCACGGGCAGAAUGAGUGGCUUCGUCGAGCUCACAGGGCUGGGUGUGCGCACAUCAAUACAAUGGCCGCAAGGUACGGAAGAGGCGGGCAAGACACCAUUGAUCCAGGCUUCAGCUGGGUUUGGCAAGCUGCGCGCGAAAGCUGCUUUCGACUACCAGGCUUUUGCUUUCGGUGAUAUCGAGGACUUCGAUUUCCUCAUGUACAACGUGCGACAAGAGGACCACAAGAACGAUCGACUUGUCGCAGUGCUCGACUGCGGCAAAGCCUACGUCUUCUGCACGUCUACUAGUCCCGCACAAGCCGUGGGACUGUUUCAGGCCUUCGACCGGCUCAUACAGGAGAAGCAGCUCAUGUAUACUCAGUCUCUCAAGGACAUCGAGAAGCACUUGCGACGAGAGAGUACGGUGGUGCCUACCAAGUUCGGCCCAAUCAUUGGCGGCUCGAAGCCAAAGUCUGACGACAAAGCCACAUCGAUUUCAUUGCACACAGAUGUCGUCGCUACGCUUGGUGAUAUCUGCUUUGGCGUGUAUCCAAGCACGUUCUUUGAUAGCCAGCUACUCAAGGGCGAGGCCAACAAUAUUCAAGCGCGCUUUGCCGUCGGCCUGGAGAAUGGCAAAAUACAUAGCGGGCUAGGCAUGACUUUGGGUCAACUACAAGUAGCCCUCGCGGCUGUAAGACGAGUGACAGCCGUGCCAAAAGCACUAGAAGUGUCCGUCGACGAAGUCGUCAGCAGCGCUCUGAACGCCAAAGGCGGCACUAUUCUCCGCGUGCCCAAAGUCGUCGCCUCGAUGCAGACCUGGCAAGCCCCCAACUCAAACAACGUCGACUACAUCUUCAAAUCCCUCUUCGCCGGCAAAAUCGACGUAGGCUGGAACCUCUCCCGCAUCAACUUCAUCCAAGGCAUGUGGACCACGCACUCUCGCGCCUUGGCCUCACGUCUAGGGAAACAGCUCCCAGAAAGUGCAGUCAAAAUCACGGCGGCGGAACAAGGCAAGGACUCGACCUCCUCAAGCUCGUCACAACCUCAGGACAAAAUCACGGCAGAGGUGAAGUUGCCACAGUCACGGUAUGAGUACCAUGCCCUCGAGCCGCCGAUUAUCGAGACACCGCAGUUGCGGGAUAUGGGGGAGGCGACACCGCCGUUGGAGUGGAUUGGGUUGCAGAGGGGUCGGUUGCCGAAUGUGACUCAUCAGAUCAUUAUUGUUGGGCUGCUGGAGGUGGCGAAGGAGGUGGAGGAUGCUUAUUCGAGGAUUUUGGGGUCGUCUUGA